AUGAAAUAACAUGCUGAUAACUAUUUUGUUAACAGAAUACCUAAACCUAUUUCAUAAAUGAGUACUAAUUAAGUAGUUACAAAAUCAAAUGAAUAAAAGCCAACAUCCUAUUUAACAUUUUGUAGAAAUAAACAUAAAAGAAAGAAUGAGACAGCCCUUAAAUAACCAUAUUUGCAGUCUAGCUCUAUAGGUGCUAAAAUUGAAUAUGAUUAAAUUGCUUUAAAUGAAUUCAAAGAAUAUAGUGUCAUCAUAAAAACCAAGUGCCAAAUUAAUAUCAUAAAGAAUAAAAACUUCACCAUCUAUUCAAAUUUGGGAACCAGAGUAGAUAUCAAAAUAAUCAUAAGAAAAUAUCUGAGUUAUAACUCCUAACUUCAAAGAUGUUUUUUGUGACUAUUCAAGUUCAAUUAUAAGUAGUCAAAUAUAAGGAGAAAUGUAAUAGUUUGUAAGACCAAAUUAAAUCAAAAUAAAAAAAUUUUCAGAAAAAAGUUCUAAAAAUUAUUUAAAUCUUUAAAACUCAUCGAGAAAGAAAUGAAGAAAAAUAAUCAAAAAGCAAAACCCUUAUUAAAACUUAAAUACCUAAAUCUAACAUUUACUUUCAUGCAUAAACUUAAUGA